AUGGCUGAACGUGAUCGACAUCAGUAUGAUUCGGAACAUCCGGGCGCAUCCUAUGAGGAUAUGAAGAUGGAUAUCAUUGACGAUGAUGUACCACCGCCACAUUUCAUGGACAUUCCACAUCGCCCACAUCAUCACCAUGAUGGCAUGUUAGGGGGUGGCCUGAACGGCGGGGGCAUGAUGGAUGAGGAGAUGCGUCGAUUCCCGCCGCAUCGCGAGCGUGAGCCACAUCACUAUGAGAAUGGCAUGGGCGAGCCCCACAUUGGUGGUGGUGGUGGCCGCGAUGCGGAUGACUAUGGUGGUGGUGGUGGUGUUGGCAUCGGCGGGCAUGGCGAAGGUCAGAAACAUCAGGGAGACGAUUUUGGUUAUUUUUUCUAA